UUUUACUUCGUUUAUGUUUUUGGUUACAUGAGCUAGCGAUGUGUAUUGCAUGUAAUCAUAUAGUAAAACGUCCAUGUAAUGCGUUUAAGCUAGUUGCCAGACAGUAGUAAUGUGAUGUGGUAACGAUACACAAGUGAAAAAAGUAAUGGUUAUUAUCUCGGUUAGUGAUCUUUGCUAGAAAAUUGAUGCCAUGUGUAUUUAGCUAACCUUAGCUAGCAGGCGUCCUCUUGAUUCAGGGAACUCAAUUUCCGCAGUGACAGAAAUGUCUUCAUAUUUGCCAGCAGUCGCCGAACAACUUUUAAGAGACAUAAGGAAGGUUUAUCAAGAGACAUCACAAAUUCCUGAUGACCUCCUUCUGGCGCUGAAGUUUGUGUUCGGGCCCUCGGCCCUGCAGGCCCUGGACCUGGUGGAUCAGCGCUCCGUCACCUGCCUGUCAUCGCCGAGCGGGCGCACUGCCUUUCAGGUGAUUGGAGGGUCGGGACGCCCGUACACCUGCUACACCUCCUGCCACUACUGCCCCUGCCCGGCCUUCGCCUUCUCCGUCCUCCGGAGGAACGACGGCCUGCUGUGUAAACACAUUCUGGCUGCCUACCUCUGCCAGACCAUGGGGCUGUCCCAGCAGGAGGUGGUCAGCAACCAGCAGAUGUCUGACAUUCUCUCUGGAAAAGCAGGCCGAGGCGCGUAGGCCCCAAGCCCCGGAGGCAGAGCGGUCCGCCUCCCGGCUCAUCCCCGGGUGGGUCGCUCGGCGAGCGGGCGCUCCGCGUCGCUCCCAGCAGCCGAACAGCUUCUUCACGUCCCCGCGCCGGGGCGGCUCCGCGUCGGGCUGCCAUUUAAGGACGCCUUCGAUUCACGCUCAAGGCCGCUAACGCUGGAAUGGUUUCCUGCACUGCCACCCGGGUAACAUCCUUUUUGAGUCAUUUGGAAAUGCUGACUUGGCAAUCGGAUGGCCUCCUGGAACACAUUCAGCUGUUUCAGGGAGGCCUGAUGAUUCACGCAACUUAUUAAAUGUGAAGGCAUGUGAAAGAUGAUUGGGUGAUAAUGGUCAACAGACGCUUUCAUGAUGAAAAGCUUUGUCAGGUACUUGUUUAAACAGUCUGCCUUGAAAAGAUCAUUGUUUGGUGGUUUGCAUUUGAGAAAUCUUCUAUAUUUUACUAGACCUAACCAGGACCCUAAAUUUUCGUUCACAAUAUUGGAUGUUUAAAAAUUGAAUGUCACUCACUCCUUUAUAAAUAUAACCUGUUAACAUUUGUUUAGUUGUUCUACCUGAUUGGUCAGUCUCCAAAAAUUGGAUACAUCCCCAAAAGAUUUAAGCUGGCUUUUUAAUUGGUUGUGUAUAAAGGAAUCAUUUUUGCAGGUCAGUGUAGUGUUUUGUUGAUGCAGCAUUAGUUUUUCGCCUGAGUAUUUUGUCUAUGGCCAUAAAAAUGUACAUCUGUUUCCUGAGCUUGUGGUUUCUUUCUAGACAUUUCUGUUUAUUUAAAGAUGACACUAUCAUGCUACUGCCAGCACUGAACAACUAAGUUGUCAAAUCCAUUCUGUAUUUCCAUGGAAUUUUUUUUUGGGGGUGGGGGGGGUGGGGGUUAUUGCAUAUAUGGAUUGUGUGAUUGCGAGUGUUCGUUACCUGCUCAAUGUAGAAUGCAGUCAAGACUGUUCAAACCGUAACGUAAUGCUAAUGUUACUGCAGCUGCCUACUUGAGACGCAUCUCUGCAAUGUUUGCAAUUUCAUUUUUGUGAUUACGUGACAAAAAAAAUAAAUAAAUCAAGUGUCCAGCUAUGUGAA